GACAGGCGUCGGGGUUUAACUCGAGCGCAUCUCUGCAGCUGCGCGUGACGUCAACGUCUUUGCUUACCAGCCGGGCGCAGCUAGCCAACCUCUCGCGUUAGCAGCUAGCACUAGUCGUCUGUCGGGUUCGUCACACAGGGUGUGUAACUUCACCGCGAGGAUAAUUAAUAAUUAACUAAUAAUAUGUCGGUAAACGGACCCGGAGGAGACUCCACAGACGCAAAGAGUGACGAUGGACAACAGUCAGAGUCGUCUUUGUCUGCUUCUGCCUCCGUGGAUGUGGAUGCAAAGCCCAACGCCCACAGCUUCAGAUACAGUCUGAAUUUCCCCAUCAUCGGCAAGUGCAUCAUCAUCAACAACAAGAACUUCGACAGAAGAACAGGCAUGAAUCAGCGAAACGGUACAGAUGUGGAUGCAGCCAACGCCGUGAAAGUAUUUGGGAAGUUGGGUUAUAAGGUGACGGUUUACAACGACCAGUCGGUGGAGCAGAUGAAACAGGUUUUAAUUUCUGUUUCACAGGACGAUCACAGCUGCUACGCCUCGUUUGUCUGUGUUCUGUUGAGUCACGGCGACGAGGGCGUGUUCUUUGGUACCGACGGCUCAGUAGAGCUCAAGUAUCUGACGUCACUUUUUCGCGGUGAUCGCUGUAAAUCCUUGUUGGGAAAGCCCAAACUCUUCUUCAUCCAGGCCUGCAGAGGCACCGAUCUGGACGCAGGCAUUGAAGCCGACAGUGGAGAAGAUGGCACUACCAGGAUCCCUGUGGAAGCAGACUUCCUCUAUGCCUUCUCCACAGCCCCAGGCUACUACUCAUGGAGGAACACCAUGACUGGGUCCUGGUUCAUGCAGUCGCUCUGUGACACCAUCAGCAGAUAUGGCAAAGAAUUGGAGCUGCAGCACAUCAUGGUUCGAGUGAACCACAAGGUGGCGGUAGAGUUCGAGUCCGUCUCCAAUUCACCAGGCUUUAAUGCGAGGAAACAAAUCCCAUGCAUUGUGUCAAUGCUGACCAAAGAGAUGUAUUUCUUCCCUUGAUGUCGUCUUUCCAUUGGACGACUCCAGCCAUUCAUUUGCAGAAGGAAGGCUUGAGUAUGUAUGAGGUGGUGUUUGUGUUGGUUUGUUUUAGUUUGCACUGUGACUGAAUAUCUUGUGAAAGUUCAGCUCGCAUAUUUCUGGGAGAAGAUGUGAUGCUAAGUCACAUUCCACAAGUACAUUUCUGAGAUGCGGUUUCGCAUUUUAAAAUUAUUAUUUUUGAUCCCCGCAGGACAAUAAUUUUGAAUUCUCUUUUAAACAUUUAAUCUCAAAUCUUUGUUUAAAACAAUGUUAAACAAAAGUGUUACAUAACGUAACAAAUCAUUAAUCUAAAAGAUGAAAUGUUAAUCCAAUCUCAGUUUUCUACCAGUGAAUGCCUCUUUUCUGUUUAUACUAAACGCAUUUCAGGGAAUUAUUUUCGGAGCCAGUUUGAUGGGACCUUUUUUUUAUAUUUGUUUGAUCAUGAAAACAUAAAUGAGCUUCCUGCCCACCAGCAUCAGCAGUUUUUAACUCAAUUUUCUAAACAAGACUCUAUUUUGAGGGAUCAUGUGUCAUUUCUGUGCUGUUUCUUUUCACUGUUGAGUCAGUGUAGUAACAUUAAGGUUCACAAGCGAUAAUCAUUCACUCGGUAAAUUAAAGGAUGUUGUGUAGCAAAUUCAGGAACACCCAUGCAGCUAUCAUGUGUCAUGUUGGUCUUAAAGCGCAUAAUUCCUUUUAUAAAUGUCAGACUUCAAAGCUUGCAUGAGAAGAGCCAGCCCACUUGCACGAUACUUGUAUUUGCUUAUCUCCAUACUUGAACACAUGUUUACAUUUCAUCAAAGGCAAUAGCUGUUGAAUUUCUCGUGGUUUUUAAAGUUAAAACCAGAUGCUUUUUUCACUUGCAAAUAUAUAGUUACAAAGCACAAUUUUGAUUGUGUACUGAUCCAGGUGCUGGUUAUUUGUGAGUAAAUAUUUACAGCAAACUAGCUGAAAUCCAUUUUUGCUGUUAAAUUAUUUCGCUAUUUGACAAUCCAGGUUGUCAUAUCCAUAGAACUUUGCUUGGGCAUCACUUUUGGCUUUUUUAUAUCACUAUUUUGUACGCAGUGAUACUUUGAGGUUGGUGUAAUGUUUUUUUCUGAAUUAAAAGCCACUUUUCAUUGUUC